CGAAGUAUAAAAAGUGUCGCGGGUCACCAAAUGUCAUAGUCUACCACUGACAAUCAGAUCAGCAACAAUGGCCGCUAAGUUCGUCGCUAUCCUGUCCCUGGCCGUGGCCGCGUCGGCCAUCCCGGUGGUGCCGCUGGCGAAGGUGGCGGACGAGGAGGCGCCCGCGCACUACGAGUUCCAGUACUCGGUGGCGGACCACCACACCGGCGACAUCAAGCAGCAGCAGGAGGCGCGCGCCGGCGACGCCGUGCACGGCUCCUACUCGCUGCUGCAGCCCGACGGCGUGCAGCGCAUCGUGGAGUACACCGCCGACAAGGAGCACGGCUUCAACGCCGUCGUGCGCUACGAGGGCCACCCCACCGAGGCGCCCCACAAGGUGCUCGCCCCCGUCGCCAAGCUCGCCUACGCCGCUCCCGUCGCCAAGGUCGCCUACGCCGCCCCUGUAGCCAAGAUCGCCUACGCUGCCCCCGUAGCCAAGCUCGCCUACGCCGCCCCCGUAGCCAAGGUCGCCUACGCCGCCCCUGUAGCCAAGGUCGCCUACGCCGCCGCCCCCGCUCACGUCACCUUCUCCUCUCCCGCCGUCUCCUACCACCACUAGACUGAUGCUCGAGGCACGUUGUUAUUAUGACUAGUUUCUAAUAAAUUAUUUAUUGUACGAA